CGUCUUCGUCUUGAACUAAGGACCAUCGGGCUAUUGGUAUACGUGGCGAGCAGUGCUGGUACCUUUUACUCAGACAGAGCCUUUCGGUGGCGGGCAUAUCUUUAUUUCUCUGGGAUAGAUUGAUCAUGGAACCCUCCACACCCGCCAAAGCCACAACCUUGGAGGAACCGGUGAAUAGCUUCCUCGGAGAUGUUCCCCAGCAGGAUGGCCUGCAUUUCAGACUGGUGGGCCCGCCUCCGGCAGACCUAGAAUCGGAGGACGCCAAGAAGCAAAGGAUGAAAGAGUGGACAGAAAGGCGGGAGAGAAUGCUUUGGAAGGCCCAGGUUGACUAUCUUGACUAUGAUCGUUUCAAAAAUCGGUAUGCCCCGGACGAUGGUCUCGCAAUUAUCGAGGUUCUGCUCGGUUACCAGGGCCUCUCGCAAGAUAUAUGGAAAGAAAUCAAUCAGCGCCGCAUGGAACACUGGGGAAUGCGAGCGCCACGAGGGUCAUCCAAGACUAGAGAAGAUGACGACACAUGGAUUCAGCGUGUGAGGAUCCAGUCGCCUCAUCUCCUUCUCCUUCUCUCCCGGUUGACCGGCCAUGGAGAUAAAUGGGCCAAUCUCGGACCACGGGUCUUCUACCGGCCCUUUCUGGCCCUCCACUACUACCUUCCGCAGAUGAAGGAGUGUCUGGAGAUUCUAGAGUCACGCUGGUCCAUUAUAGACCAGAGAGGGGCACCUGAUAUGCCUCUCCCUUCUGCGGCCGUGCCCAAAUCUACCAAAACCUCUGAAGGCGGCUCGGAUCCCGAGAGUGAGACUUUCCGGCCGAUGGCUCCCGUGGAAUCAGUUGUAGGACCGGUUGUGGAUUCUGUCACCACUCUACGCCAGGUUCGAAAGUACAUCGAGUUCGUGGAGACCGAAAUCUCGCCUCUUUGGAAGCGUGCGGCCGGAACGACCCACCGGAAAGUCUCCUUUGUGGACUUGUGGAUGACAUUUCAGCCUGGAGAGCUUGUCUACAUUCCGUCUGCAUCGGAGUCUCCCACGGGUCAAAUCUGGCCUGAGCCAGCUGGUCUCGCCCAGAAAGUUUGGAGGCUCCACACGAUUACACGCGACACGUAUCCAAGCGGCGCCCAGUGUGAUAUUCCGAUGAACUCCAGGCAAGAGCUAGAUCUUUGGUGCUAUUUCAUUGACUUCAAUGGUGUCUCCUACGAGCCCUAUCCAAGACGAUUUAGCAUUAGGGCCUACCAAGGUCAGAAAGAUAUAACAACCUUGCAGGUUUACCCCCUCCGAUUUCUCAAAGAGAGGGAAACGCUACUGGAUUCGCAGCAGAAGGUUGGUCUGUCGUUCCAAGCCGCAUUGGCUGAAAGAUAUCUCUACUACGAAGGCUGGACUCUGGCCUACGAACCAACAACUGCGCAGCCAACGACUGGAGGGGGGUCUGAGCACGUCGACGGUCCAGUGAUGAUUGACUUUGUCGAGGCUCAUAAAUCCGACGAUGAGCUUGCCACCAAAUCAAGCCAUACUCUUGGAGGAUGGCAGGAAGCCGUCUGGGAUGACCGAGAGGAUGAAUACAUGAUAAAACAUUGGGAUUCCCAAGGAGGAUUGUUGCAGGGAGAGGUAACUGAGAUCCUGCAGAUAUCCGAAGACUUUAUUGCCAAGUUCAGUGACCGCGAUUACGAAACGAACAAAUUCCUACGAGAAUUCAAAAGUGGCUCAGUCAAGGAACUUGGGACUGAUGACCUGAUUCUUCUCCCUCGCCGCGUCGUCGGAUAUACCUUUCACGAGCGGAGGUUUGUCCGGUUCGAUGUGCAAUCGCUCAGGCCAAUUUCAAAGGCUGAAAAUGUCUUUGAGGAUCUUAAGAUUGACAAGGAGCACAAGGGAAUGGUUCGUGCUCUAGUGAAGGCACACUUUCAGAACGAAAAGUUGAAUCUGGACUUGAUUCGGGGCAAAGGUUCUGGGCUUGUCAUUCUCUUGCAUGGAGUGCCUGGAGUGGGCAAAACAGCCACGGCCGAAGCUGUCGCUCAAGCAAAUCAGAAGCCUUUGUUUGCAAUCACCUGCGGUGAUCUUGGAUUCGAUCCCAGUACCGUAGAGUCCAAACUCAAGGAAAUCUUCCGCCUGGCACAUCUUUGGGAUUGCGUGCUGUUGUUGGAUGAGGCCGACAUUUUCCUGACUCGUCGUGAUUUGAGCAAUCUGAAUCAGAAUGCUCUGGUGUCAGUGUUUCUCCGGGUCCUCGAAUACUACAGUGGAGUUCUGUUCCUGACCACAAAUCGAGUCGGUAUCCUCGAUGAGGCAUUCAAGUCACGUAUCCACUUGAGCUUGUAUUACAAACAUCUCGAUCUAGAUCAAACGUUAGCCAUCUUCAAGAACAACAUCCGCCGGUUACAAAAGGUGGGAAACACACGGAACCAAUACGCCAAACAUAAAGGAGUCUCUCCAGGACCGACCAUAACCAUCAAUGAAAAGAGUAUUCUGCACUACGCUCAGUGGCACUUUGAACGAAACCCAGACCAUCGAUGGAACGGCCGACAGAUCCGCAACGCCUUUCAGACCGCAUAUUCCCUUGCACACUUCGACGUACAAUCCGCCAAACCCGACCAAUGGAACGAAAACACGGAAGAGAACGAUCGACCCUCCGAUGAACCCCACGACGAAGUCGACUUGAAUAUCCCCCCUUCCCGGGAAGGAGAGUAUGUCUUGGACUAUCGCCAAUUCAAGCUAAUUUCCCAGACUAUCCAGAGAUUCGACAACUACCUCCUCGAGACAACGGGGGAGACUGAAGCGGAACAAGCACUGAAUAUGACCAUCCGUGCGGAUGAUUACGACCCAGCCGAUUACGAUGACGGUCCGGUCUAUAAUCCCAACCCGCCGCGCCAGAGACAACGUCCAGGAAGUUACUAUCCGCCUCGUGGGUCAGGCAGAGGGAGAGCGCAAUCCAGAGGUGGAAGGGCCCGUCCAGUCUACCGCCAGAAUACUCAAAGACAACCAGCUCCGCUCCCUGAAUAUGACCCGCCGUCACAGGAGUAUCUCGAUAGCCAACAGGAAGCUCGGGCGAUACCACGAACUGUACCGCAACCAGGAAAAGGGCCGUUGUCAUCUACCCACGCUUCUGCUGGUCCAGGGUACCGUGGCCGGGGUGGCCCUGCUGCAAGACGGGCUGCCGGACCAAGGGCCUCUGGUCUCGGAAGAAACAUGUUUCCUCCGGAAAGAGACCCUCCAGGGCAUGAAGAGUAUCUUGCUGAAGACGACGUGGGUGAGGAGUACGAAGAUGAGUAUUAUGACCCAGAGGAUGAGACAUAUGAUUAUGGUGAUGGAUAUUGAGGGAGUGGCAAUCUUGUGUGCCUCCUCAGUGCUGCACAUUUGCACGUAUAUACCACGUCAGAUAGGCAGAGACAGUUUCUAUGGUCAGUGGAAACGGAACUUAUGAUUAGCUACACAGAUCAGCUUCCAACCGUCGAAUUGUGGGUCACGUCGCAUAUAGAGAUCAUACCAUGUUCUGGCUAUAUAGUAACAGCCCUGUGGGUCAUUGAUAUUUCCUUCCCCGAAUCAUUACUCAAUAAGAUCCAGACAAAAUAAAAGGACUUUUGCACUUUAAC